AUGAAGUUCAAUCAAAUAUCGAAGGAAGCUUGGAAAAAAAAUAAAAUCCCAACCGAUACAUAUCGAAAACAACAAAAGAAGAAAGAAAGAAAAAAAAAAAAAAAAGAAAGAAAUGAACAAUUAGAAAAAAUUAUAAGUAAAAAAAAUCCUUAUGUAGUUAAAGAAAAAUUAGAUAUUCUUAAAAAAAAAGAAAGUCAAGGAAAAUUAUUACCAUUUGAAAAAAAAAAAUUAAAACAAUAUGAAGGGUUAUGGAGUUUAAUAAAAGAAAAAGUAAAAAAUAAAAGUUAUGUAUAUAAUAAUAAUGGAGUAGUAUAUAAAAUAAAUGAUAAUGAAAAUAAUUAUGAAGAAGAAUUAUCUAAAACUAUAUCAGAUGCUGAUUCAAAUAUCAAUAAUGAAAAUGAUACAAAUUCAUAUGACUCAUCAUAUUAUUCAUAUGAUGAAACAAUAAAAACUGAAAGUGAUAAAGACGAAAAUAAUUUUUUAGAAGAAUUACCAUCUUUACCUAAUGGCUUACCAGAUGAGUGCAUAGAAGAAUAUACACGAUUAUAUGAAAAUGGGCAUUUUAAUUCUAACACAUUUUGUAAUAUAAAUAAUAAUAAUAACAAUAUAAAUAAUAAUAGUAACAAUAUAAAUAAUAAUGGUUAUUAUCCAUUUAGAGUACCCGAGGAAAAUAACAAUAUUUCCAAAGGCUAUGUGCAUAACCAAUUGCUUCCUAACAAUAACAGUAAUGCAAAUGCGCAUCAAGCAUAUUUGGUGAAUUAUUAUUAUAAUUCAUAUGCACAAUAUUAUAAUAACUUAUUUUAUAAUAAUAAUUAUAUGAACACGCAAUAUACAAAAGAGCCCGCACCAAAUUCUAUAAAAAAUGGUGACAUAAAAAAUGGUGACGUAAAAAAUGGUGACGUAAAAAAUGGUGACGUAAAAAAUGAUGACGUAAAAAAUGGUGACGUAAAAAAUGGUGACGAAAAAAGUGGGGAUGCAAAAGGAGGUGGCAACUCAUCCGAAACGAUAGUACCUAACUCGAAUGAUGCAAACUAUGCAAACUAUUACAUGAAUUAUUAUAAAAAUUUUAAUAUGUAUAUGAAUAAUACAUUUAACCAAAUUGGCAAAAAUAAUAAUAAUAUAAAUUCUAUACAAAAUAACCCAAAUAACUAUUAUUAUAAUUAUAAUUGUAACAAUAUGAACAAUAACAUUCCAUCUCCACCUGGAUAUAACAAUUUUCAAAACAGUUUUAUAAAUAACAAUUAUAAUAUGAAUUCCCAAAAAAUUGCAAAUAAAGGAAAAAGACAUAAUAAUAAUUAUGGUGAUGCAAAAAAUAUUGGAUAUUCAUCACCCAAAAAAAAUAAAACAGGAAAUAAUAACACAUUUUAUAAAAAUUCUUCAAAUAACAUAAAUAUGAAUAAUUAUGAACCAAAUGAAAAUAAAAAUAAUGAUGUACAUAAUUUUAAUUCAACGAAUAAUGAAAAAGAAAAUAAUGUACAAUAUUUUGUUCCUAUCAAUUUAAGAGUAAAAAAUAAAUUAAAUGAUUUAUGUGAAACAAAAAUUAAUGUAGUGGAUAACAAAAAUAAAAGUGACGAUAAAAAUAUUAAUAUAGACGUAGAAUAUAAUAAAUUUAUUAAGGAAGUAGAUAUGAAUUAA